AUGAAGCACCAGCGAUGCCACCAGCUUUCUGCCUUGAAGGCGGCGCUCCCCGCCGCGCUCUCCCCAGCGCUCACCAUGGCGCUCUGGCUUGUCGCCUUCAACGUCUCGUCGUGCCACGCGCAAGUGAUCAAUGCUUCUCAAGGGUUGUUUCUCAGCGACGUCAAGACGGGAUGGGGCAUGGGGUGGAAGGUGGGAGACAAAUGCAGCACUGCGGCAUCUAUCCUGUGCGACGCUUCAGGCAUGAUCACCUCGAUGUCUUUUUGGAGCAACAAUCUCACGGGCUCCAUUCCCGACAGCAUCUCUGCGCUCAGGGCACUCAGAUACCUGUAUCUUUUUGACAACGAUCUCACCGGCUCCAUUCCCGACAGCAUCUCUGCGCUGAAGGAUCUGACAUGGCUGUAUAUUGAACGCAACAAUCUCACAGGCUCCAUUCCCGACAGCAUCUCCGCGCUGACGGCACUCAAAUACUUGUAUCUUGGUGGCAGCAGUCUCACGGGCUCCAUUCCCGACAGCAUCUCUGCGCUGAAGGAUCUGACAUGGCUGUAUUUUGGCGAAAACGAUCUUACGGGCUCCAUUCCCGACAGCAUCUCUGCGCUAACGGCACUCGAACUUUUGAGUCUUGGCGGUAACAGUCUCACGGGCUCCAUUCCCGACAGCAUCUCUGCGCUCACGGCACUCAAAAACCUGGAUCUUCGCAGCAACAGUCUCACGGGCUCCAUUCCUGACAGCAUCUCUGCGCUGAAGGAUCUGACAUGGCUGUUUCUUAGCAGCAACAGUCUCACGGGCUCCAUUCCUUACAGUAUCUCUGCGCUGAAGGAACUCGAAUUGUUGGAUCUUAGCAGCAACAGUCUCACGGGCUCCAUUCCUGACAGUAUCACUGCGCUCAGGGCACUCGGAUACCUGAAUCUUCGGAAGAACAAUCUCACGGGCCCUAUUCCUGACAGCCUCCCUGUUCCGCAGUGGUUCUUCCCUUCUGCCUCACCGCCACCACCUAAGCCUGCUGAUGGCGGUCUUGUUCCGCAGUGGGCUGUCCCUUCUACCUCACCACCACCACCUAAGCCUUCUG